CUCAGGUCUAGGACUCGGAGCACAGGUGACAGGGCGCUCACAAGCCAAUUGGGGUUGUGCCUGACUGGAGAACGACAACACGCACCACCAACGCACCACCAAUCAGCAGAUAGCCUGUUAGGUACCGAGGGCCUUGGUGAUCCAUGCAUCAUUGGCCGCCAAGCAAGUGAUCAAGCGGGCUCUAGAGAUAGCUUCUUGAAGGCUGAGCAAGGAGCACUUGGAAGUAGCGUGUUUGGAUUCCAGAGCGGUGGGGCCGCACGCUAAGAGCAGCACAGACCAGAAGCGCGCAUCUGGGACGUGGCAAUGACAAACGCCCCAGACAGAUAUGAGCGCUUUGUACUGCCGGAGGGCGUCUCAAAAGUGACGAGGAUCAAAGACACGCGUAUCACCAAUGCAGCAACUUUUGAAGUUCAGCGGGAAGACCACACACUCGGCAACUUGAUAAGAAUGCAAUUACACAGAGAUCCAGAGGUGCUGUUUGCUGGUUACAAAGCGCCUCAUCCGCUUGAGUACAAGAUCAAUUUCAAGGUGCAAGCAAGAGACACCACUAACCCUGAGACUGUCUUCCGACGAGCCAUCGAUGCGGUGGAUACGGAAAUAGCAGACCUGCGGAAAGCAUUUACUGAGGAACUCGCUCGCCCUAGAGAUCAGGGCAACUUCUACUAAGGCGCCAGCUCUGCACCAGCUAUGAGCUUCCAAUGGGCAGACACGCUUCUUCUCGUAGCUGCGGGAAUAAGCGUCUCUGCUUGACCAGAGGUUUCAACUCGAGAUCAAAACUAUCUGACAAAAUUUUAUAAUUCCUCGGUCAGAUUUUUAAGUGGGCAACGAGUCCUUGGUAGUCGCGUGUGUCCUUUUGAUGGCGCAAGGAGUCCGCUGGUUCUUGCAAGGGCCUUCAACGAUUGAGUGCGACGCUUUUCCGAUCGACCAUAUCUGCACAUCGGCCAGACAACUGUACAUCAGCCAGACGCUCAGGCUAGAAACGUUGAGAGUCUCGUAUGGUGAGGCGCAUUUGCGCUGCCCGGCCACAGCACGUAGAUGUACACCCGCAUGGUGUCAUCGUCGUCUGGCACGACGUAUUCGUCAGAUAUUUGCCCGUUCCCUGCUGUUGCCUGCCGGAGCCCUGCAAUUUACGUCCCUCUAAAGCACGGGGCGGCCGGAUCUGAUUUUGGUCUGUCGCCGCGCGACCAGUAUAUCCGCCAG